GGUGAGGGUUAAAUUGUUUUCAAUACAGGUGCACGUUGAGGGUCAGGCAGUCAGGUACAGCACAUGCGAGUGCCCAAUCGGCAGAGACAAGUGCCAUCAUAUGGCAGCUUUGUUGAUUUGGGCAGAACAAAAUGUGUCCCGCACCGACGUGGAAUGUGUGUGGAAGAAGGCCAACACUCCGAAGGGGGACGAAAUUGCAGCCAAGAGAGUGUCUGAGAUGACACCAUCCACAACACGAGCUGGCAUCAAAAGACCUGUCACCCAGGAGGACAAAGAAUGGGUUCAGGCAUCCCUGGUGCAACUUGGGCGUUUUACAGGGAUGGGGUGGAUUUUGAGUCCAGAGACGCCUCAGACUCUCCCAAUCAAGAUGUUUGAUGGGCUGGUGACCAGCCCAGGUUUUGUCCAAGCUGAGGACAAGGCUCUAUAUGUGCUGUCAAGGCUUGCUGUUAAUGAUCAGGAGAAGCAGCAGAUUGAGGAAGCAACAGUUGGCCAGGCUAAGAAUGCAUUAUGGUUUGCAUAUCGCAAGAAAAGGAUAACAGCAAGUAACUUUGGUUUGGUCUUGGCAGCAGUCAAGCGGAAGUCUUACCCGCCUUCCUUAUUCAAAACCCUGCUUGGCCAGUACAACCUCAAAGAAGGAAAGAGGGGACUGUUCCUGUCUGAUAGCGGCCUGCUUGGUGGAUCUCCGGAUGGGACGGUGUUUGGAAACUGCAUGAUUGAAGUCAAGUGUCCGUGGUCAGCCAGAACCAAGACUAUCCUGCAGGCAGCGGAGAGUAGGGACUUUUUCAUGGAGUUUGAUGAAGUGAUUGGUUCCCUGACGCUAAAACAAACUCACAAAUACUGGCAUCAGAUCCAAGGAAACCUGCACCUGACUGGAGCUAACAGCUGUCACCUGCUUGUGUGGACUCCUCUUGACCUUGUCCUUCUACCAGUGCUCAAAGACCCUACAUGGGCUGUGAACAUUGACAUUCUGGAAAUAUUUUAUAAAGAUUGUUUCCUACCAUACAUUCUCUCACAGUUGUAA